GCGAGACUUCUCCGAGCCCUCCCUCUUGCGCCUCUCCAGCCGACAUGCCGUCCAGACUGAGGAAGACCCGAAAACUCCGGGGCCACGUGAGCCACGGCCACGGCCGCAUCGGCAAGCACCGGAAGCACCCCGGAGGUCGGGGUAAUGCUGGCGGCAUGCAUCACCAUAGAAUCAACUUUGACAAAUACCAUCCAGGUUACUUUGGGAAAGUGGGCAUGAGGCAUUAUCACUUAAAGAGAAAUCAAAGUUUCUGCCCAACUGUCAAUCUUGACAAACUGUGGACGUUGGUCAGUGAGCAGACACGGGUUAAUGCUGCCAAAAACAAGACUGGAGCAGCUCCUAUCAUUGAUGUGGUGCGAUCGGGCUACUACAAAGUUCUGGGGAAGGGAAAGCUCCCGAAGCAACCAGUCAUUGUGAAAGCCAAAUUCUUCAGCAGAAGAGCUGAAGAGAAGAUUAAGGGAGUGGGAGGGGCAUGUGUCCUGGUAGCUUGAAGUUACAAAGGAAGCUUCAUUAAAGGAUACAACUGCUUUUCUCUUACUGUCUGAAUGUAGGUUCUUCGAUACUGCUCCAUCUCCCUGUACACAGAAACUAUUAAGUUCC